AAUAAGCCAGGUCCCAGUCGUCUCUCGCAAAUAAGAAUUAAGGUUGAGCCUCAACCAUCACGCCAAGACCCAAGUCGCGCAAGUCGCGUCACCCUGUCCUGCCCAAACAUCCACCCAACGAACAAGACAUGGUCGGCACAAAGCGGAGACGCGACGAAGAAGACGUUGAUGAGGGGACACCGCAGAAGUCACGCGCACGAUUUGCAGAAGACGCUCCCGAUGAGCUAGAACCGCCCGAAGCGCAGACACCGUCCAGAAAGGGGAGGACACAACAUCUGGCCGAGCAUGGGACACCACGAUCCAUCUUGAAGAAAACUGGCCUGAUAAAUGGAAUCGCUGCGACGCCCAAGUCCAACCGGAAACUGGUGUUUGAAACCCCUACAAAGUCCGCAAAACGAGACUCGCCAAACGGCACACCCACCAUUGUUCGCAACGCCGAUCGCAGCGCACGAAGGAAAAGCAACCGACGUAUACUAGAGCGCACACUGAAUGGCGAUGAGAGCGACGAGGAUGCCUUGGAUGAGGAGGAAGACCUUGCAGAACAUAUCUUAGGGGAAGACGCAGACGACACUGAGCAAGGUGAAGAGGGAACAGUACAAGAUGAGGUACCUGUGCCAGAGACACCUUCAAAGCGUGGAAGAGGUCGACCUAAGGGGUCAGGAAAGGUAGGACGACCGCGAAAGCAGCGCUCACCUACGCCUCCGACUGAACUGCCACCGCAUGAGGAGUACUUCUGGCAAAACCGUCCUGGCGGCACCAAAACCUCCAACAACACCCUCUCUGCGCAGAGCCUACUCAACCACGAUGAAUACUUCCAAGCAAUACAAACUUACCAAGACCGUCACCAAUCCGAGAGAGAGUUCCUACUUGAACUGCAUGGCCGUGCAUACAACCAAUGGAUCUUCGAGCUGGAGGAAGGAUUCAACAUCUGUCUCUACGGUUACGGUUCGAAGCGCAUCAUCACGGAGCGAUUCACCGCACGCCUCUAUCGACAUCUUAUAAAUUCCGCGCCGUAUAAAGGGACAAAGAAGACACCGAAGAUUGUGGUCAUAAAUGGAUACACAGCUGGCACAACAAUCAAAGAUCUGUUGUUGACCAUUGCAUCAGCAGUGGUACCAGCAGGACUGAAGUUGCCUAAUCAACCUGCACUCCUACUCGAUUUUAUUCUCGAGCAUCUCACAAGCAACUCGCCGUCGCAUCCAGUACCCGUCAUCUUGAACUCCAUCGACUCGCCCUACCUUCGGAAGACGCCAGUACCCUCCAUGAUUGCCCGUCUAGCUACCCAUCCCUCCAUCAACCUCCUGUGCACGGCCGAUACACCCCACUUCCCUCUCUUGUGGGAUGUCGGUAUGAAAACGCAAUACAAAUUCCUUUUCCACGACGCAACAACCUUCGCCCCUUAUGACGCGGAGAUAGACACGGUUGAGACUGUGAAUGAACUCUUGGGACGCAGCGGUAGACGUGUCGGCGGAAGAGACGGUGUAGGCUUCGUCUUGCGGUCAUUACCAGAACAAGCCCGAGAACUGUUCCGCAUCCUUGUCAUGGAGCAGCUAGCACUUUCACUCAUGGAGGGUGGUGAUAUGGAACAAGACGACGAAAUCACUGCUACGCCAAGGUCCAAGAAAGUGGAGAAAACCAAGAACGUUCUUCCAGAGUCUGCGCAAGGCGUUGAGUACCGUGUGCUGUACCACAAGGCUGUCGAAGCAUUCGUUUGCACAAGUGAAGUUAGCUUCAGGACGCUGCUUAAGGAGUUCCACGAUCAUCAGAUGAUUGAAAGUAGGAAGGAUGCUAUGGGUACAGAGAGAUUGUGGGUGCCUUUUAGACAAGAAGAGUUGGAAGGUCUCGCAGAAGAUCUCGCUGGAGAGGCAUUUUGAUCGGUUUAUGGGUCGACGUUAAUUGUAUACUUUACUCUCUUCUUCCUCUUCUCUCUGCUAUGUUUAUUUCUCGUCUCUACUUCUUACCAUAUGUUUCCUUACUUUCCUCUCUCUAAGACACGUCGUUUCACUUUCUCUUCACAGAGUGUCGGUCAUCAUUCCCGUCCUCGUCACGUUGUUCUUUUCCAUAUGUUGAUUG